AAUCCAAGCCUUUCCUCUCCACCAAAUAGUUAAAGCUUAACUAAUUGGGAGCUUGAAACCCUCUUUCUUUAAUUUCUUUCAUCCUGAGAUUUCAUAAUUACUAGUUGAAGAUGGCUAUUACUAGAGCCCCUCUUUCACUUCAUAGUGCUGCGUUUAGACUCUCAUUAUUUGCACUCUUCUUCUCCCUUCUUUUUGUGAUGACCUCUGCCCAGUUGUCUGCAAAUUUUUACAGUUCCAGUUGUCCGAGUGCUCUUUCCAUAAUCCAAGGGAUUGUGAACUCCACCGUGCAGAAUGAGACUCGGAUGGGAGCAUCCUUGCUUCGUCUCCAUUUCCAUGAUUGCUUCGUCAAUGGGUGUGACGCAUCGAUUUUAUUGGAUGACACGGCAAACUUCACCGGAGAGAAAACUGCCCCCGCAAAUAAUAACUCGGUGAGAGGGUUUGAUGUGAUAGACACCAUUAAAGCAGCUCUUGAGAAUACUUCAGCAUGUCCUGGGAUUGUCUCAUGUGCUGACAUUGUGGCUGUUGCUGCUCGAGACUCUGUGGUUGCGCUUAGGGGCCCUAGUUGGAAUGUUCUUCUAGGAAGAAGGGAUUCAACUAAUGCAAGUCUGGCAACGGCUAACACCGACAUUCCCGGACCAAAUUUCAAUCUCACCCAACUCAUCAACUCCUUCUCCAAGAAGGGCUUUAACACCACAGAAAUGGUUGCUCUCUCAGGAUCGCACACGAUUGGGCAAGCGAGGUGUACGACAUUCCGAGGCCGUAUCUACAACGACACCAAUAUAAACGCGACAUUUGCACAACCAUUGCGAGCAAACUGUGGUCAAAGCGGGGAUGACGACAAUCUGGCUCCGCUAGAUGAGACGACUCCGACAUCGUUCGACAAUAAUUACUAUGUGAACUUGCAGGGGCAAAACGGACUCCUGCAUUCUGAUCAGGAGCUCUUUACCGGAAACGGAGGUCGCGCAGACGCUUUUGUAACCACUUAUGGCUCCGACUCCUCUACCUUUGCUUCGGAUUUCGCAAAUGCUAUGCUUAAAAUGAGUAAUCUCAGCCCUCUCACUGGCUCAAAUGGGGAGAUUAGGACUAACUGUAGGAAAACCAAUUGACUAAUGCGUGCUGGCCUACUCCUUGUGUGUUGUUAAUUACGUUACAAAAUAAUUAAAGUGUUGCAGUUAGUAUUUGAAUAUCGUUGUUUUGUAUCAAGGGGUGGGUAGGUCAUGGGUGGCAUCCAAGGCCAAUUGAGGAAUUACAAGCUAAUUACAUCUAUUGUCCAAUUGUAUGUUGCUCCAGUUUAUUAUGAUAAAUAUAAUAAUAAUUACAUCAAAUUCAUGAAAUAAUAAUGAGCUUCCUUCUG